AUGGACGAGUCCUGGCUAUACGCCAUCGCCAUCGUCGUCUGGUACGUCCUCGGCCCCAUCUUUCGAGGCCAUUCUUUCCUACUACUAUGCGUUCCGGCCCCUGCACUACACAUCAUCGUCACUUUGUGCAAUAGUACAACAUCCCUGAGCGAGCUGGACUCCUUCGCUUCGCAUCUGGCAAGCCAAUUCGCCUCCCGUUUGUACCGUCCACUGCUGGAUCCUUUCUCGCACAUCGGACUGUGCCUAUUAUUGUUGAAAUGGGCAGACCCGACCGUUCGUUCUGAGGCGUGCAAUAAAAAGAUGAACCGGUUGAUUGUUCUCUUCCUCACGUUCCCAGUCAUCACCGCUGUACGCUUCUCGUGCAUGAUUUGGGCUUUCAUCCAACGAGAGUCCGGUCACACCCAUGACCCCCAGGCUGUUCUUUUGAAUUUGAUAUUCUGGCUAAUGGUCUCGCUAAUCUUUGCAGAAGUUUGGUCCUUCCUUGUGACGGUUGCACCUGAAGUGUCGCAGGCCGCGACGGCACCGACACCAGCUCAGACUUCUACGCCAGCUCCUGUGCAAGCUCCUGCUUCUACAGCAACCGCACCACCUGCGCCCACUGUAGCAUCUACAACAACUGCUGCUUCUACAUCAACCACAGUACCCACAUCAUCUGUGACUACACCACCUGCAGCACAGCAGCGGAUUCCACAGUCCGCAACAGCUCGAUCGCCUGUCCAGACUGCGGUUCCUGCGCCAGCAGCUGCGGCACCCGAACGACCUGCGGCCAGCCGACCGAAGCAUCAGGCGUACUGUGAAUCCGUUUCAGAUGAAUGUGACGACCCAGCCGGCCCCGAACGCAAUACGCAUCACGAGGACCAGGGCACCUGUUCCAGGAGAGCUGCUAUUGUCCAGCUCAUACGGCGCGUUGUGGCCCAGGGUGGCAACAGCCGUGCGCAGAUAAUCGCCUUUUGCGAGCGUAAAGGAGUGGACCCCAAGGAGGUUUUCGAGCCGGCGGCAUCUGCGCCUGCUCAGGCGGUGGAGGCUCGACAGACUGCGAGCAGUGGGCCGGAAGGCCAUAUGUCCGGGCAGCCUGGGACAGAGGAAAUUACGAUCGCUUCUGCCAAAGCUCCUGCCAGCCCAGAGAUCAGGAAAGCGAAGCUUGAAGCUCUUAUAGAGCCGCUUCCUGCAACCUCAUGCGCUCCACUCUCCGCGGCUGAGCGAAAUCCGGUACAGACUGUGUCACCACCAACAGCACGCCCGGCUAGUUUCGACGAGUUGUACGACACAACCCCCCCGCGAACCCCGCCCCCUCCGACAACUGACCGCAACGAGGUCGCGGUGGCAGGAGCUGGACAAUUUGAUCAGCCGCAAGGACCUUUGACACCACCGUCUUCUGACGAAGAGGAUGCAGACAAGUCAUUCCCCGGACCACCUCUUCAACCUGCAUCGCGGGAACACGACGCCGUGAGUACAAUGACCAUUCUCCAGCAGCGAACUGGCUCUCAACAGAACCCGACACCGCCUGACUCCGACCAUGGCAGCGAGAACGAGCUGAAUGCACAGAUUUGCCGAACCACAACGCAGGCAGCACGGCCCGCUCUGAAGAAGCCAAUGCCAGCGCAGGAGUGGCUGGCGCCGAUCAGCCCACUCUGCCCACAGGAGCUCGCACAGGGCGAUCCGAUCAUUUGGCAGAAUCGAAACGAAGUCAUCCGUCGAGCAGAGGAGCUUCUGACGGCUGUUGGAGACGCGGCAAACGGAAGGCCCAUUGCCAUGGACCUUUACGAGCCGGUCGUCCAGAGGGUGGAGGAAUUUGGUGAUGUCAGCCCAUCCACCCCCUCCGCCCGCCCAAGUGGAUCCGAGCCAGACAUCGGUACUACGCAAGCUCACGCAACGAAAGGCUUGCCCAAAUCAUCCACUCGGAAAGAAGUUGGAGGAAAUCAUCAGGAGAAGUGUGACCGGGAUGAAGAGGAUGCACAGCAUGCACAGGCCCCGGUGGACCGACUUACGAAGCUGGAGCUUGAUCUCGAAUUCUGUGUCCAACGACUCCGCAUCAGUCGAGAGGAACAGCCAGCAGACCAAUCGUACUGCAAGGAGGUCUAUGAAACAUUCCACCAGGCCGUGUAUACUGGGGUGAGGGCUGAGCUGAAGCAUAAAGUGCUCCGCGAAGCAAAGUUGGGCCAAGCUUUCGAAGAACGGCGCUGGCAAGCAUUCAGGGACUGUUACAUGUUGCUAAGAGCCAUUGAGCUUGCAGCAGAAGGAAGACUCCAUGAGUCUGAUGGCUUUUUGGAGAACGUUCUACUAAGCUAUCCCCAAAAACAGAGUAGCGCUGACCAGGAGGUGCCAGAUCGUAUCCCCUCCGAAGGUCAAAGCAACGCUGAAGCCGCCCCCAACGGAAUCGGAGUCAACGAGCAGAGCAUCGCCCAAUCUACGGCCAACCAACCCAACCCUCCUGAUGAGCGACAUGCUGAGCAAGUUCGGAGCUCAAGACCUUCGACGGCCUCACGUCGUCCUUUCCCUUCUGUGAAUCGUUCUGGCACUGCUCCCCAAAACCUCCACGCCACUCCUCGACACACCGAUGCCUCUGCCUACCUAUGUCCGAAUUAG